ACGUUAUUUAAAAACCUGGAUAUAUCAUCGUAUGUAUGCUUUUAACGAUUCACCACAAACCUUCUUCCUGCAGUAGAAUUGACACCUAUUGGCGAUCAAACAUCCUUUGAUGAUAAAAUGGUUCUUUAAGGGGUUAACGAGCUCAGCAUAAUUUUUAUUUCCGACUGAAGAGGGUGAAUUGAAACUUUUCAACCGAUCAAACGCUCUUUUCUCCUCCUCUUUGACAUCAGACAGAGUGAUGGAUACUGGGAUGCGGAGUUUGUGCUCCCCAGUCACUGCACCCUUCUGGCUUCUUGUACCAUAUGCAAGACAUACAAGACAGAGCGAAGUAACAACCCAUUCACUCAUUUUUUAUUUUAUAUUCAUCUUUUCUUAAGUUUUUGUUUCAGAUGACGUGAACAGGAAGAUUAUCUAAAAAGAAAAGCUGGCUGGCCUUUGGGAGAAAAUGUAUACAUUGGUGUAGUCACUCCUUUCGAAGUGAAACAUCCGUUUGAAUAUAGUAUAGUAAAACCAGGUCAAACGGUUAUGUCUUCACUCAUACCGAAAUACAUAGUCGACUUGAAAAGUAUGAAAUACCUCGCCGUUGCUUCAAUGGCCGCUCAGCAACGUCUAAUGGCAGGAAGGCAAAAGCGAGAUGCAGAAUAUGUAAAAGUUUAUCCACCGGUUUCAUCCAGGCAGAAGCCGAUUAUGCCUACAUGGGGCAGUUUUUACAACCGGAGGCCUGCGAUCAACUCACCUUGGACGAAGGACACCCAAAGUGUCACCGUCAAUACGGUUGAAUUGUCUGACCUGGAUAUACAGCGAGAAACGAGCAGGGCGAAUUUGAUUCUCGUUCAAAGAAUGGGCGAACUUGUCCAAGUCGAAAAGGAAAAAGUCAUCUCAGAGAUACAAAAAUCUGCUGUUGAGAUGGAAAGGAUGAUCGCUGAGAAAGAGAAACAUCAAAUGGAUACUCAAAAACUAGAAAUAGAAAAGGAGAUGAUUGAAGCAAAAUUAAUAUCUGGUACUGCUAAGUCUUUACAAGAUUGA